GCUCAGCUGACGUCCCUCAUAAUACUACCAGUAUUUCUAUCCCUCCUAGUAAACCAUACCUGCCUCAAUCGAAAUGUCUGUCCCAACUCACAGUAUUCACUCCAUCCAUGGCACUUUCGCAGGCGUACCGUCCUACACUACUUUCUCAUCGAACGCUGGCGUCGUAAUCGAAGGCUCCCCAAUCAAUAAAAUCCAUCCAGGCUUUGCAAGAACCGCCUCUUGGCGCAUAGCGCCCGCUUCACUCCCUAGUUCAAGCUCUCGUCGUCUCCCAUCCUUCCCUGUAGCCCGUCGUGUCCCACCACCACCACCACCUCGUGCUAUCGCACAGGCUAUCCCCUUCCCCUCGGAAAACCCAUUUAAUGAUUCAAAUUCAUGCGCCCUUCCCAUACCACAACGACCCGUUCCCCAGCGCACCCACCUCGCUUCACAAUCAUACACCGUCAGACUCCCCGGCUCAAACCCAAUCGACGUCCUAGUUCGUCAGCGAACUGCACAGCGGGCCGUACAGGAGCGCGAGACCCGGUGCAAGGUCAUUGCGGGUAUUUUGUUGAACAGGGUGCAUGCUGUAGGGAAGCCUAUGCGUCGGCUGCCUCCAAGUACGGAAGCGCCUCGGGCAUACAAGCGGAGCAGACUAUCAAUGACUACUACUGCUGAAGAGGUCUGUUGAACGUUUGACCGCGAGACAUUGAUUUAUGGAGCUGUGUUAGUUUUUAUAUAUAUGCUGGAUGUGUUGUAUAACAAAAUUUUAAUGAAACGAUCAAGACUCGGGGAACAAA